AUGAACCCCCUCAUCUCGCGCAUCCCCGCCUUUGCCCGCGCCGCGUCCACCUCGGCCGCCUCGGCCAACAAGCACAAGGUCGUCGUCAUCGGUGGUGGCACUGCCGGUCUCGCGACUGCCAACCAGGUCUACAACCUCUUCAAGGCCCAGGACAAGACCCUCGCCGACGGCGACGUGGCGAUUGUCGACGCCAACCAGCACCACGACUACCAGCCCGGAUGGACUGUUGUCGGCUCUGGUCUUGCCCAGAAGGAGCAGUUCCGUCGCCCCCUCGACUCGCUCAUCCCCAAGCACCUGGCUCACAUCAAGGCCUCGGCUUCGGCGUUUGAGCCCGGCACCAACCAGGUCCUCCUUUCCGACGGCAGCAAGGUCGCCUACGACUUCCUGAUUGUCGCUCCCGGUCUCCAGAUCAACUGGGCCAACAUCAAGGGUCUCCCCGAGGCUCUCAAGGACCCCCUCUCGACCAACGUUGGCUCGAUCUACUCGUGGGACACUGUCGACAAGACCUGGGCCAUCAUUGAGCGCUUCCAGGCUGGCCAGGGUGAGGCUGUCUUCACCCAGCCCUUUGGCCCUGUCAAGUGUGCCGGUGCUCCCCAGAAGGUCAACUACAUGUCCGACUCGUUCUGGAAGGAGCAGGGCCGUAACAUUCACUCGACCUUUGUCACCGGCAUGCCCGCCAUGUUCGCCCAGCCCCACUACGCCAAGGCGCUGAACAAGAUCCGCGAGGCCAAGGGCAUUUCGGGCCACUUCAACACCAACCUCGUCGAGGUCAAGACCGACACCAAGACUGCCGUCUUCAACAUUCUCGACGGCGAGAAGAAGGGCGAGCAGGUCGAGAUCGAGUACGGUCUCCUCCAUGUUGUCCCUCCCAUGGGCCCCCUCGACACCAUCAAGAAGUCGCCCCUCGCCGACGCCGUCGGCUGGGUCGACGUCAACGAGGGUACCCUCCAGCACAAGAAGUUCCCCAACGUCUUCUCGCUCGGUGACGCCUCGUCGCUCCCCACCUCCAAGACCGCCGCCGCCAUCACCGGCCAGGCCCCCGUCCUUGCCCACAACCUUGUCUCGCUCAUGGAGACUGGCAAGCUCGGCAACGCCAUCUACGACGGCUACACCUCGUGCCCCCUGUUCACCGGCCGUGGCGAGCUCCUCCUCGCCGAGUUCAAGUACGCCGGCGCCCUCGCCGAGACCUUCUCGGGCCUCACCGACCAGUCCGUCCCCAACCGCGCCUUCUACCACCUCACCAAGGACGUCUUCCCCCGCGUCUACUUCAACAACCUCGUCAAGGGCACCUGGUACGGCACCCGUGGCAUCUUCCCCCCUCAGUUCUCCUCGUAA